AUGAGUGUGUUUGAUCCUCUGGGAUUGUUAGCAGCGUUCGUGGUGCAAGGAAAAGUGUUAUUGCAAGAUGUAUGGCGUGCUGGAACAAAAUGGGAUGAAGAAAUUGAUGACCAAGGUUUUGCUAAAUGGAUACGAUGGACUGACCAAUUCCAAUUGAUUACGGAUCUGAGGAUUCCCAGGUGUUACUAUCCCAGCGCUACCGAUCUUCAGUACAAGUAUUUAGAACUCCACAUAUUUGCUGACGCCAGUGAAGACGCUUAUGCUGCAGUUGCCUUCUUUCGUAUUCCUGUUUCUCAUGAUUCCUUCCAAUGCUCGUUGGUUGCGGCUAAGACAAAAGUAGCUCCUCUGAAACACUGCUCCAUCCCUCGUUUAGAACUGCAGGCGGCAGUUUUGGCGACUCGUUUAGCAACGUUUAUCAAAGAAGGUCAUACCUUGACAAUUCACAAAAUAGUAUUCUGGUCAGACUCUAGCACAGUUUUGGCAUGUAUACGCUCUGAUCAUCGGCGGUAUAAACAAUUCGUUGCUUGUCGGGUUUCUGAGGUCUUAACGACAACUACGAUCGCUGACUGGCGGUGGAUAUCGACCAAACUUAACGUAGCAGAUCUAGCAACAAAAUGGGGUCAAGGAGGCCAACUGAAUUCAAGCAGUCCCUGGUUUCAGGGCCCUGAAUUCUUGAAAUUGGAUGAACAGCACUGGCCUAAACCGAAAUCAAUUUCAGCUACCAACGAAGAGAUGAAACUUUGUGGAAUACAUCAUGGUAUUACUGUUCCAGUACCUAUUAUUGACCCUUUACGUUAUUCGCGAUGGACUAGGAUGCUAAGAGUGACGGCGUACAUUUUACGAUACUUUAACAACGUCCAGAAGAAGAGGUCAAAGCUUAAUAGUAUUUAUCUCACUCGAGAUGAACUGCUGAACGCUGAAAAUUAUCUUUUUCGUUCCAUACAAUGGGAGGUGUAUCCAGAAGAAAUGUCAGUGCUGCUGUCGACCACAAAUGUUGGUGUAGAAAAGAAAAGUCCACUGUACAAGUUAUCCCCUUACGUAGAUGAGCACGGAGUGCUCAGAAUGGACGGACGGAUAGGAGCAGCUUAG